AGAGAGGGGAAACCACGUCUCACUGCCCUGCCCUGCCCUGCCCUGCACGUUAUUGAGAGAAACAUGUUAUCCUCCACAGCAAAUUUCUCUUCGAUUCUCGCCCCCAAAGUCUUAUCUUCUACAGCACACAAAAGACCUUUUGUUUGCCUCAAAUUCGGAAUAGAAGAAAUAAAGGAAAUCUCCCAAAACAAGGUUUUGGUUUCAGCUACCGUUGCUGCUGCAAUUGGGCAGUUCUCGAAGCCAUUUACCUCUGCUAUUUAUGGCAAGGGUUUUGAUUUCGCGGCCGCAGCUAGAUCUGGUGGAAUGCCUUCUACCCAUUCAGCAGGGGUUGUUGCUGCUGCCGCCGCAAUUGGUUUAGAGAGGGGUUUUUCAGAUUCAAUUUUCGGUUUGGCUGUUGUCUUGGCUGCAAUUGUUGUGUAUGAUUCUCAGGGGGUGAGAAAGGAAGUGGGUACACAUGCAAAGAUACUGAACAACACAAUCUUAAAAUCUGAGGCCCAACAUGGCUUUUUAGAGACAGAAAAUGGUGAUUUAGCUGAUGAGGAUUUAGAGGCAGCCUCUGUUGAAGCAGGAGCUACUAUUUCUUCUCUCUUUUCUUCAACAAAUGAUUUUUAUACGAAGGAUGAAAAGAGAGCAAAGUUAAAUUCAAAUUAUUCUCAAAUAAAUAAACCCUCUGAUGUUCUAAGAAAAAGCUUAAAAAUGCCACUUAUUGAGGAGGCUGGAAAAGAGGCGAAGAAAAUUGGAAAUAGGUACCCAAGAUUGAAGGAAUCGGUAGGACACACAGAAGCAGAGGUUUUUGUAGGCAUUUUAUUGGGUUUUCUUGUGACAUGGGCCGUUUAUUCAGUUAUGUAAGAAUUAUUAGAAUUGAACCGUCUCCAUCUCAGGGUUCCAAAACACAGCUUCCAAAUUGUGAUAA